AUGCUCCAAUCAGAUUCUCCUCGAGCGGCAGGGAUCCCCCACCAGCUCAUCCACGCCACUCACAAGACUCCUGGCCAAGAGCAAUUCUUUAGGGACACAAAAGACACAAGUGAGCAGGUGAAAAGUGGAACCAACGGAUCACAGCCCCACCAAGCCAAACACCAAACCAUUCCGGAGCACCUCUUCAGUCAUAGGUCAAAACUUAUUAUACACCAGAGAAUUCAUACUGGUGAGAAGCCUUUUAAAUGUCAUGAUUGUGGGAAGGCCUUUAAUCAGAGUUCCACCCUCCUUCAACACCAGAGAAUUCAUACUGGUGAGAAGCCUUUUAAAUGUCAUGAUUGUGGGAAGGCCUUUAAUCAGAGUUCCAACCUACUUCAACACCAGAGAAUUCAUACUGGUGAGAAGCCAUUUCUAUGUCAUGAUUGUGGGAAAGCCUUUAGUCAGAAUUCCCACCUCCUUCAACACCAGAGAAUUCAUACUGGUGAGAAGCCAUUUCUAUGUCAUGAUUGUGGGAAGGCCUUUAAUUGGAUUUCCAACCUCCUUCAACAUCAGAGAAUUCAUACUGGUGAGAAGCCAUUUAAAUGUAGUGAUUGUGGGAAGGCCUUUAAUCAGAAGUCCAACCUCAUUAAACACCAGAGAAUUCAUACUGGUAAGAAGCCAUUUAAAUGUAAUGAUUGUGGGAAGGCCUUUAAUCAGAGUUCAAAUUUAAUUGUCCAUCAGAGAAUUCAUACUGGAAAGCUUAUUAAAAAAUCAUGAAUGUGGUAAAGAUUUCAAUAAGAGAACAAAU